GAGCACCCACUGGACUGGGGUGGCCAACCUGCGGCUCCGGAGCUGCAUGCGGCUCUUCAUAGGUUAAUAUGCAGCUUCUUGCAUAGGCACUGACUCUGGGGCUGGAGCUGUAGAUGCUAACUUUGCAAUGUGCCGGAGAGUGUUCAGUGCUCAACCCCCUGCUCUGCCCCAGGCCCUGCCCUCACUCCACCCCUUUCCCACGCCUGCCAUGCCCUCACUUUUCCCCCCUCCCCAUGCAGAACCUCCUGUGCACCGUGUAACAGCUGAUCGUGGCAGGCAGGAAGCACUGAUUGGUGGGCCUGCCGGUGGGCAAGGAGAGCUGCAGAUCCACAUCAUGGAAAACCAAGUGUUUGAAUCCUCUGAAGAGAGAACCUUCCAGUACCAGAAUUCUCUUCCUUCACUGCCAGUGCCUACUCUUGAUGAAUCUUUAAAGAGAUACCUCGAUGCAGUAAAACCAUUCCUAAAUCAAGAAGAAUAUCAAAGAACUGAGGACAUAGUUAAAAAGUUUGAACAUGGGAUUGGAAAAGUGUUGCAGCAUAAGUUACUGGAAAGGGCUAAAGAGAAGAAGAAUUGGCUGGAAGAAUGGUGGCUGGAUGUGGCUUAUCUUGAUGCUCGCAUACCAACACAAAUAUAUUAUAACUUUGGAGGAGCAGGCCCUUAUCUUGAACACUACUGGCCACCAAAAGAAGGAACUCAAAUAGAAAGAGGAUGCAUAGCUAUAUGGCAUACCUUGAAAUACUGGGAAUUAAUAAGAACGGAAAAAUUGGUUGUGCAUAGACAUGGAAAUAUGCCUCUGGACAUGAACCAAUUCCGAAUGCUGUUCUGCACUUGCAAGAUUCCAGGAAUUACUAGAGAUUCUUUAGGCAACUAUUUUAGAACUGAGAGUGAAGGUGAAUGCCCAUCCCACUUAAUAGUCCUGUGUCGAGGUCGAGUGUUUGCUUUUGAUGCGGUACAUGAAGGUCAUAUACUGAGCCCUCCAGAGAUUUUCAGGCAACUUGCUUACAUCCAAAAGAGGUGCCAUAAUGAACCUGAUGGACCAGGGCUGGCGGCUUUAACAAGUGAGGAGAGAACCCAAUGGGCAGAGACACGUGAAUAUUUAACUAAUCUCGAUCCAAAGAACUUAUGUCUACUGGAAAAAAUUCAGAGCAGUUUGUUUGUGAUCUCCCUGGAUGAUUCCAGUCCCCAUGGAACCCCUGAGGAUUAUACUCCGAUCACCAAAUUGGCUCUAAUAGGAGAUCCAACCAUACGCUGGGGAGACAAAUCCUACAACUGCAUACUAUUUUCCAAUGGGACAUUUGGUUCAAACUGUGAUCAUUCUCCUUGUGAUGCCAUGGCUUUGGUAGUCCUGUGCUCUUAUAUUGAUCAGAAGAUUAUUGAAAGUGAGGGAAGGUGGAAGGGAUCAGAUAAAGUGCGAGACAUCCCUUGGCCAGAAGAACUUGUUUUCACGUUGAACCAGAACAUGCUAAAUGACAUUGAACGUGCUAAAGAACGGUAUUCUCAGCAGGUAUCUGACUUGCAGCUAGUGAAUUAUGCCUUUACAUCCUUUGGCAAAGCACUGACCAAGAAGAAGGGACUUCAUCCUGAUACAUUUGUUCAGCUUGGCCUCCAGCUGGCCUAUUAUAAACUUCAUGGACACCCAGGCUGCUGUUAUGAAACUGCUAUGACGAGACGUUUCUACCACGGACGCACUGAGACUAUGAGACCAUGUACGGUGGAAGCAGUGGAGUGGUGCAAAUCCAUGCUGGAUCCAUCUUGCAGUUCUCAUAAACGGCAGCAACAGAUGCUAAAGGCAUUUGCAAAGCACAACAAGAUGAUGAAAGAGUGCGAGAAUGGAAAAGGAUUUGACCGUCAUUUUCUGGGUCUCCUACUCAUAGCAAAAGAGGAAGGACUCCCUGUGCCAGAACUCUUCACAGACCCUGCAUUCACUAGAAGUGGGGGAGGUGGAAAUUUUGUGCUUUCCACUAGCCUGGUUGGCUACACUAAAAUUGGUGGAGCUGCAGUCCCCAUGAUACAUCAUGGCUAUGGCGUUUUCUAUAGAAUCAGAGAUGACAGGUAAAGGAAGUUCACAGCUAAUAGGAGAGAAAGAGAGAGAAUAUCCAGAAUCUUAAAGCUAGUUGCAGUAAAGGAAGAUAUGGACAACACGUUCAAAUGUAAGUGACUAAAGUUAGGUACCUAAAUCCAUCUCGGCAUCUAAACUACAGUGGCCUGAUUUUCAGAAUUGCUGAGCACCUACAUGUCCUACUGAAGUAAAUGGGAGCUCUGGAUGUUUAGCUUCUUUGAAAAUCAAGACAAUGUUAUUUAGGUGCCCAAUUUAGACACCCAUGUUUCAAAAUUUCAGCGAAUAAUUUUAUAGUUUGUGUGGGGAUGUGCUUAAAGUUCAUGAUAUAAAAUAACUAGUUAACCUUUAUACUGAUAGAAUUGUUGUGACCUGCACUGCCUGGAAAUCAUGCCCAGAGACCGAUGCAGAAAUGCUGUGUAAGAACUUGUUCCAGUCUCUUCAGGACAUGAUACAACUAAUGGCCACAGCCCAUCUGUAGAGUUGAUAGUGACGUUACUGUGCCUUCACAUAUUGUGCAUUAUUGUGUCUGGCACUUGCUAAAUGAAAUGCUUGUCACGAAGAGCGUUAAACUCUAUGUAAAACACUUAAUGAUACUUCAGCAUAGACGUUAAGCAGAACUAAUGCAAAACCUGUCCAUUUUAAGAGAUUUACUGCAGCAGCAAUGCAAGUUUCUUUUAAGAAUAAUAUAUCCAUUUGCACCAACAAUGCAAACUAUGGCAAAUGAUCAGCGUAGAAUUAUGCAAUAUUAAACUAUGCCUCAACAAUGCAAUUGUAUCAGACUAUCAUGAUUUUUGGAAACUGGAGAAUUUGUGAUGGCUUGUUUUUAUAACCUUCCUAAUGGUAGCUGAUAGAGUACGUGAUAAUCCGGUGAAGUUUAUUUCUAUGGUGCACUUAUUCUGUAGUUCAGAGUAACCAUUCCAGUGCUAAUACAUUAUGGUGCUAUCGCAAUGGACAUUGGUGACAGUUUUUAUGAUUUUUCAUUUGUGAAAGAAUCAAGGAGAAAUAUUAGAAUAACAGACUCUUCAAGUUAUGUAUGAUUUUUAUUAUUAGCUGUCUUCCAUUUUCACCAUUGGGAUGAUUUCAAAUCAAGAGCUUAUUUGUGAAUAGAGACUAGUUUCUCAGGUGAAGGCUGAGGUCACUAUAGUUUGAAAAAUACUUUUAAAUUCAAGAUGGUUCCUUUUCAAAAUAAAGAGACAAAACUAGGAUGGCUACUUGCAAGUUUCCAAAGGAUGACAUACUUGUGAUGAAAUAACUACAAAUAUCACUGCUGCUCAACAGAAAUUAAGUGCAAAUUUAAAGCUGGCACUAAGUAUAGUCUGAUAAAACUCUCAGGAUUUUAAGCUUUCUUUGGAUUUUAAAGAAGACUUUUGUUUGAUAAACUGUGUAAUUUCUUC